AUGCCUGUCGGCCUCGGCGGAGUGGACGACCUGUUCGGCGAUGAGGUGCCCCUGUCUCUGCCGCCCAAGCCGCUUGGUCGCCAUCUUCACCAGCGCCUGGAUGAGCUGCGAGCCCGCGGCUGCUGCCAGACAGUCGCGUGGUCUAGAGCCGGAAAUAUUGCAUCCAUCAGCCCCGAUGGGCUCAGCCUGGAACUGCGCAUGCUUCGUGCGCAUCCGUCGAAUGGCGAAUGGGGCCUGAGCGAUCCCACCACGACGGAUCUCGUCAAGGGCACCGUCGCCAACCCUCUGGUGCAUCUGGAAUGGAGCCCGACCACGGCGCCCGACCUUGCCGUCUUUGACUCGGUGGGACGCGUCUUAAUCAUGAACUUCCCCGUAUCCCUUAACAGCCCCUACGUAAAUCGCAAGUGGGAUGCUGAUGGUGUCGAAGACACGAAUGUUGUCGUUGGCUGCCACUGGCUGCCAGUGCCGCCCAUAUCACAGAAACCCUUCAAUAUUCUGUAUGGUCCUGCCACCAAGCCCCCAAAGCCGAUGAGCUUGUACCAGUACGAGAGCUCCUUUGUCCACGCAAUCGGCCCGCACCAUCCGCACACGGCCAAAAGCGCACUCCUUUGCGUCACCAAGGGCGAAUUCCUCAUCAUCGCCCUCGCGACGGCGACAAAAAAACUCAAAGUCAUCAAGUUGGAGAUACAGUGGGCUGGUCCUGGUGCAGUGCAGGAGAAGACUCAGCUUUCUCAAACAGCGCGCCUGAACCCUUCGUUAGUCGAGGAUCAUCUCGCCACUGUCGACUGGCUUCAGAUGGUCGAUGAACCGUCACUGCCUGAAUUCACAGCCUUGCAAGCUCUGCCCUCCAUCAUCGACAACGCUGGCAACGCUGGUGCUCCCCUCUUCAUUGGCGUUCGGGCCCGUUCCACAGGUGUCGGCGGCUUCGAGAUGUCGCAGACUAUUAUAGAUCGCUGGGAAUGCGCCGAGCAUAAACCGUCAAUCUUGACGGCAUUUGAACAGAUUGGAAGUCGUCGCAACAGCGUUUCCAACGCGCAAGAGCUACCUAUCUCGACACGCUUGAAAAGACUAGCACCAAUCACGAUCAACAAAACUGUGAUCAGCAUGCAAGUCGCUCAGUACGGCAAAACGCUGAUCUUGAUCAUGUCAGACGGAUCAGUCGAGCACAGAGACCGUUUCACAUUUGAUGAACUCUAUACUACUGCUAAUGAAUCAAAAAUUACGAAUCUGAGGGAGGUUGGCUGGACAUUCAGCGAAGAAGGCCCCUGCUAUCAAGCUGCCUUCUCGCCCACCCAAUGCUCCAUGGUUCAGACGGGCGAUGACGGCAAGCUCAAAUGGAGCAAGCUGCACUACGCGCAAGGCGAUAUUGGGGAAUCGAACGGUGACAGCGUGUACUGUGCCAGUGUGGCUGGUCUCACCAUCGCCGCCGCAGGCUGUAUUCAUACCCAAAGCAACUUUGACGAUAUACUAGCGAUUGCGCACCCCCUUGCGCAGAAGAAGAGAUUCACGCAGGACUGGGUCCAGGAGCUAAUAAGGAUACUCAAGGUCCAGGUGGACUAUUUGCAAGAGACACACCAUGAGUCGCUUAUGCGCAACGCCUUGCUAUCCUCGUGCAUGAGCAUUAUGAACAGCCUUGGGUUUCGUGGGGAGAAUGCACCUCGCUCGUUCCAGAGCAAACUUGCGAACAUUUUCUUGAAUCCAGAGACAAGAUGCAGCCGCUGGAUGAACCAGGCAAAGGUGGUGGAAGCUUUGGCUGGAGAGCUCAAGUGGUCUAUGGAUCUGCUUGCUUGGAUAGUGGACUGUCUUUUUGAACUGAUGGGCGACGAAACUUUCGUGGAGAACUUGACGGGCAAGCCUUUGGCGGUGGCAGAACAUCUGCAGGCGCGCAAUGUCGUCGCACUGCAUGUACUGCUGACCUCAUCGACGCGCGGCUUCCUGUCGGCGCUAUGCCGUCGGAUCGCGCACCUAGACGGCAUCAGCGAGCGAGCGGUCGAGUUUUAUCGGCAACAGGCCGGCGAAGCGGAGCGGUCCGGGGUGGCGCGGCUGCCGAGCGAGCAGCUACAGCGAGCGUACCAGCGGAUGCGGCAGGUGACGAGCGCGAGCCUGGUGCCUGCGGUGGCAUUUGAGGCGAUGCUCAAGACGCUGGGCGACGACGUCAAACAGGCCUACGCCGCAUACAUACCAGUGAUGCUCAAGCAAAGCAGCAACGGCCACCACCCGCCGCCGCAGGCCAAGCAGAUGGAUAUGCUUCUUAAGACGUCGCAGACGCAAAUGGAGGUCAUAAUGCUACUGUCGCGACAGGUGCCGCCUCCGCUCGGCUCGGUCGUCAAGAAGUUAUUCACCGAGGACCUGCCGGCCUUGCGCGCGCAGACGGACCCGGCGAAGCUCUUCUUCGCGGACUACAGGUCGCUGGACGUGCAGGACGACGCGGGGAGUCUGGCGGCACGGGCGGCGCGCGGCAUCGGUGAAGGCGGCGGCCCUUACUACGACGUGUUCAAGCGCGUGGAGCUUAGCCCCGGUCAAAAGGGCAGGCCGCCGUGGCGGCGGUGCGUCCGGUGCCCGACGGUCAUGGAGGACAUAUCACCGACCCGCCCCGGCGUUACGUACGUGGUGGCGCAGAAGAGAAAGUGUUCCUGUGGCGGCAGUUGGGGCCUUUUGACGGGGGAUAAGCUGGUGCUGUAG